CACAGCUAAGUGUAUCCCCACACAAUUCAAAUUUAUAACCAUAAAUAUUUACAUACAUUACAGUGUAUGCAUGUUUUGUUUAUGUACAUGUCUGUCAAUAAUUAAAUUUCUAAAAAUAUAUAUAUAUAUUGUUUUAUUUGUAACCUGUUACCUGUUAGGGUGACUAUUUAAACAGCAUAUCCCUUGUAUUAUUGUUUUUUUUUUCUUUUUUUAAAUAAUUAUUAAGGUUUUACUUGCCGGAUUGUUUCAUCCUUAACUCGUGAUUGGUGAUUCUGGCGCCUCCCGGUGGUCAUUCGGUGGAAGUACAGGUACAGCUCGCUCCACAGACGGCAGUUGGACGGGUUACCGCUGCCAUUAACCGCAGGACUUCACCGACAGACAGACGGUCACCUUCGUGUCUAAUAUGAGGCGCUUCCGGGAGGGUUAAAACCAUCAUGAACGGGCUAUUACUCCCGCUGACAUCCUGUUAAUUUCCCGUUUUCUAAAAAAAUGCCCAAUGAUCGCUGGCCCGCGUUAGAAGAUGGCGGAGUCGGACGGCGAAUUUGUUCCGAAACAUUCGCAGAGCGGGUCUGCGGUUAGAUGGAAGCUGAUAGACUCAUCUCUGACAUCUGGAGUUAGCGUAUGGCUAACAAGAAUAGCACGCUGCGCUGCUCCUUCUCCGCUCCCAGCCACAGCGCCACGCUCCUCCAGGGCUUGUCGGUUUUGCGAGCUCAGGGUCAACUUCUGGACGUUGUGUUGGCUGUAAACGAAGAGCAUUUCCAGGUCCAUAAAGCUGUGCUUGCCGCCUGUAGUGAUUACUUCAGAGCUAUGUUUACUGGAGGCAUGAGGGAGUCGACCCAAGAUACCAUUGAGCUGAAGGGCUUGUCUGCUCGGGGGCUCAAGCAUAUCAUCGACUUUGCCUACAGCUCUGAAGUCACCUUAGACCUGGAAUGCAUUCAGGAUGUCCUCGGGGCAGCUGUGUUCCUCCAGAUGGUUCCAGUCGUCGAGCUCUGUGAAGAAUUCCUCAAAUCAGCCAUGAGCGUGGAGACCUGCCUUCACAUCGGACAGAUGGCCACCACGUUCAGCUUGUCUUCCCUCAAAGAGUCGGUGGAUGCCUUUACCUUCCGCCACUUCCUGCAGAUUGCAGAGGAGGAGGACUUCCUGCACAUUCCCCUGGAGCGGCUCAUCUUCUUCCUUCAGAGCAACAAACUGAAGAACUGUCGUGAAAUUGAUCUCUUCCGUGCUGCUGUCAGGUGGCUCCAGUACGACAAGUCCCGCCGGGCGCUUGCCAGUAGCGUGCUCUGCCAUGUGCGCUUCCCACUCAUGCGUUCCUCAGAGUUGGUGGAUAGCGUUCAGACGGUGGACAUCAUGGUGGAGGACGUGCUCUGUCGCCAGUAUCUUCUUGAGGCCUUCAAUUACCAGAUCCUUCCUUUCCGACAGCAUGAAAUGCAGUCUGUCCGAACGCUCAUCCGCUCGGACGUUAUGUCUCUUAUUACCUUUGGUGGAACUCCAUACACUGACAACGAUCGCACUGUGAGCACUAAAGUGUAUUAUCUUCCAGACUCUGCUUCCCGACAGUUCAAAGAGCUGACAGAGCUGGAGACGGGGUGCAGCCAUGCGUGUGUCGCCGUUCUCGAUAACUUUGUGUAUAUAGUCGGAGGGCAGCAGUUGCAGUACCGGAGUGGGGAGGGAGCCGUCGACAGCUGCUUUCGCUAUGACCCACACCUGAAUCAGUGGCUCCGUAUCCAGUCCCUGCAGGAGGCUCGCAUUCAGUUUCAGCUGAGCGUGCUGCAGGGAAAGCUGUACACCACGGGUGGCCGCAAUCGAUCCGGCAGCCUGUCAUCCGUAGAGUGCUACUGCCCCAAAAAGAACGAGUGGUCCUUCGUCGAGCCGUUGAAGCGCAGAAUAUGGGGUCACGCCGGCACCGCUUUCGGAGAACGGCUUUACGUGUCGGGUGGUUACGGCGUCUCUGUAGACGAUAAAAAAACACUCCACUGCUACGAUCCGGGAUCGGACCAGUGGAACUUCCGAGCCCCCAUGAACGAACCUAGAGUGCUGCACGCUAUGGUCAGCACCCGCGAUCGUGUGUACGCUCUGGGCGGUCGCAUGGACCACGUGGACCGUUGCUUUGACGUGCUGGCGGUUGAGUAUUACAUUCCAGACAACGACCAGUGGACCACGGUCACGCCGAUGCGAGCGGGUCAGUCGGAGGCAGGCUGCUGCCUACUGGAUGGAAAAAUCUACAUCAUAGGAGGAUACAACUGGCACUUGAAUAACGUCACGAGCAUCGUCCAGGUGUACAACACACAAACAGACGAAUGGGAAAGAGAUUUGCACUUUCCAGAAUCCUUUGCCGGAAUCGCUUGCACGCCGUUAAAACUCCCACAGAACGACACGCAAAGUUAAGAGUGUGGUCUUAAACAAUGAAGGUUUUACUCUACAUUUUGUCGGCGAACGCUGAUUUAGAUCAAACCAGGCUCGUCUGUUUGUGUUUCUCUAUUUAAGAUUUGAAAAAGUAGCAUUAUUUGAACCGUGUGAACAGGUUACCUCUCAACACCACUUUCUGUAUUUGAACUCUUUUGGUUUUAUGAUGUUUAGCAGGUGAUCAAUGUGCUCAUAUACUCAUAUGGAAUAACCUCUAACAAGUGGACAUUUUAGAAUAACUUCUAGUUUGAAUGCUAUGAAUCCAGUCAUGCACAUUUAUUUCUUUGGGGAAAUUACUUCAGCAAACAUUACCAAGUCAAAGCACUUUCCUGAAACACAAACCAGUUAUUAGUGACUUAAAACAAAAGUUUUACUUGAAGGGCUUGAGUUACUAAUUGCACACAUUUGUAUUUUUACGUUUUGUCCUAACAAAUAUUUUAGGGCAGGAACUACUUCCAGACUAUUAAGCUUUGGGGCUGUUUGAUUGUAAAGUUAUUUAUUUUGCUCAGAUUUUAUGAAAAACACUAAGACAGCUUGAAAUCUUCCUACUUGUUGUAGUUUUUUUCCCUCUAGUUUCCUAAUACUUUCAGAUCUUGAAUUUAUGAAGACAUUACAGUUUAGGAAGGCUUUGUUUUUACAUUUUUGGUGUUUAUUUUUUUUAAACUUAUGGAUCUGUUUCCAGAGCUUCAAACUUCCAGAAACACUGCCCUCUAGUAGACAAAGCAUAGCGCUUAUGGCAGCUACUUUCUGAGUUAUUUUUUAUGGGAGUAUGUAUUUGUUCACACUUUAAUGACCAAACUGCUCCUGAUCUUUUACUAAAGUUAGCUUUACAACUUAAAAACUUCUAAUAAUUUGUAAUCUCUUGUCAUUUUUGUUCAUGAUUUUGCUGCACUUUUCCACGUUGUAACCAAUGAUUACUAUACUAACGUUUGUUUGAGAGAAAUGACACAUAUAAGAUUUUCUUGAAAACUGUCCCGUCUGCCUUAGUAUGUGUUGUUUAACUUGUAACAAUGAAAGCACAUUAUAUUUAUGAAGUGCAAUACACCAAAAACUACCACGGUUUGAGGAGAAUGUACAUGUUUGUGUGGCUCUCUGUUAUCCUUUAUUAAAAGUGUUAUAUUUUAACUC